CCAGACGCAGGGUGUCCAACUUGGACAGCUUCGUGUCUGCGGGCACCCAGGGCAAGGAAGUCUUCAACCGGGAAAAAGCCUUGGAGAGGACCCGCAUCCGGGCUCUCUCUCGGGCGUUAGCCGCGUUCCUCUGCACCUGCUUGCCGCCCCGAGGCGCACCUUCCUCGGAGGCGUUCUUGCGUGACGUGCUCUUCCGUGACGCAGUCUUGCGCCUCUUCGGCGGCGUGCGGCUACCGUGACCCUCGCCGUUGGAGCUCUCCUCCGUGCUCUCCGUGGAGUCCUUGGCGAACUUGAGGAUGCCGUCCAGCAGCUCGUCGUCCACGUCGCUGAGGGAGCCGGUGGACAUGGUGGUCUUCAGAACAUGGGCUCCCAAGAGCUGAGGCUGGGUCUGGCGUGGACUGCGUGGGCGGACACAUGCACGCGCUGACACGAGAGGGCGUCUACCUCUAAUGAUGGGAGGAGACAGCAGCAACUAACUCCAGGAUUGAUCUGCCCAAACGAAACAGCCUUGAAUCUGCAACCAAUGCUUACAUCAUGGUGAUGGCGGACGAGUGAGGUCUUGGUGCAUAACACACACACACACACACACACACACUUCCUCCAUGGAUUCCAGCAAUGAUGACACUCUGGAUAUCAUCAUCACCAAUGUGGUGGCGACAUUCAGGACCAGGUGCCACCUCAACCUCCGCACCAUCGCUUUAGAGGGCACCAACGUCAUCUAUAAGCCGGAGGUGGGGAAAGUUCUCAUGAAGCUUCGUAAGCCCAAGAUAACUGCCUCUAUCUGGUCCUCAGGGAAAAUUAUUUGCACAGGAGCAACAAGUGAAGAAGAGGCCAAGCUGGGUGCCCGCAGGCUGGCACGUUGCCUGCAGAAAAUUGGCUUCAAGGUGAAAUUCUCAGCCUUCAAGGUGGUAAACGUGCUGGCCGUGUGCUCUAUGCCCUUUGCCGUCCAUCUGGUCGACUUCACCAAGAAGAACCGGCCCAUCGCCAGCUAUGAGCCAGAGCUCCAUCCUGCAGCCACCUACAGGAUCAAACACAUCAAAGCCACCAUCCAGGUGUUCUCCACCGGCAGCCUCACAGUGACAGGACCAAAUGUGCAGAACGUGGCCACAGCUGUGGAGCAAGUGUACCCACUCCUCUUUGAGUGCCAGAAGCCGCUCUGCAAAUGAGGGAAGGUAGACCACGGAAAAGCUCCCAAAAUUCAGUGGCAUGGUGGGCUCUAUUUUAUUUUAUUUUUUAUACAUUUUUUAUAACAGACCUGAACUGACAAACACAGGGUGGUUUCUCCAAACGCAUUUUUCUGGACUUGCCAAUCCAGGAUCAAUUGGUUUGCUUGGAUGUUUUUCUCCAGCCAUUUUGGCUGCACGCUUGCAACCCAUACUUGCGUGGACAAACCUGAGAAUGCUGCUUCACAAGGAAAUAAGCAAGAGUCUGAACAUUAAUGGCAAACGUGUUGCAAAGCAGCUCUUGUGCUGAAGCUUGUUUUUGCCAUCCAAUGGCUAGACACAGUUUUCUUUAUUCAUCUUAUCCCUACAGCUAUUUACACAACAGUAAUUUCCUCCACAGCCGUAACAGAUGAGCGCACUAAAAUGUUCCAUAAAUUUACUUCUUGUACAUUUCUAUACACUCACUGUAAAUUGUAAAUAUUUACAUUGUUUUUUUAUUAUUCUAGGAUAGGGCAGUAUGUAUUGAAGACCUGUGAGGUGUAGAAUGCAUUUUAAAGGAAUUGUUGCAGGGUGAGAAUGUUUUAACUGCUAUAAACUGGUCUGUCUUGUUCAAAUAUGAUCUUUUGUUUCAAGUGGUGCUGACUAAAAACCUGAAUAACCUUUGCUCAUGCAAAUAUCGGAACUUAACCUACUGUAACAUACAAACAAUGUUUAAUAAGGGUGUCACAAGGCUGCUGGUCACGGGGUCUUGUGUGAUUAAAAUGACAAGUUUCUUUCCUCCGAAAAAAAAAAAAACGUCUCGUGGGCACUAGGCCUGGGACGAUAAUAAAAUAAUGAAUCACACAAUAAAUGAAAAUAAUUUGCCGGCCUCAGCUUAUGGUCAUGUGCAUGUGCCUGUUUUCCUCAUCUCCUGCAUCUCCUCCAAACGGCCAGGACGAUGGUUCACUCUGCAUUGGUUUUCUGCACUUCCUCGUUUCUUCCGUAGAACAACAGCAUGAAUGGAGUGAGCCCUUUUGAAGAAGGAUGUGAUGUAGUAGAAAUAAUAGUAGUCUGGUGACACCCCGAUUAAGCGUUCAAUUUUAAAUGGAGUGUGACACCCGUCUGGGACGUUUUUCAACCACUCAACUAUUUGACUAUUAAAUAUCUAUAUAUGACUAUUUUGUCAAUAAAAUAAAAUCAAACCUAAAUCAUGUUUGCAAUGAAAAAAAAUCAAUUUAACUUGGAUUUUAAUAGUCAACAGGCCUACACAAGUCAUUGUUUCAGCAGAAAAACAGCAACAGUUAAUCACCAAUUUACUCAUUUAAUACUUUUUUAUGUGGCUACAUUAGGUUCACAUGCAUGUGCUGUAUGAGCUACAGGAUACGGACAACAGAACUGCAUAUUAUCUCGUCAACUAUCUUUCGCUUAAUUCCGUUUGAUCACAGCCAGGUCACAACCAUCAUACGGGCUCCUACGUCCAGUCUAAGUGCAUAUAAAAAAAAUGCUGCAGACCGGCUACAGAGGUUUGUUGUCAUGAAAAAACUCUACAGCAGCUUAUGUUGUUUUCAGGCUGCAAAACAAACUUACACACUUUGUGCAUCAUCCGUACGGCCAACGUGUGUCUUUUGUACAUUUUGUUGGAGUCAAGUUUGAGUCAAAUGUCUUUUUUUUUUUUUUCCAUACGUUGCACUUGCGGACUCUAUGCGUGUCCUGUGCCACUUGUGAACCCAGUACCGCCAACACAUGCUCAGAUAUUUUUAGUUGCUCCAUGCUUAUUGAGAAAGUGUUGCCUGUACAGCGAGAAUGCAUCAAACACACGAAAACUUGGGUAUAUAGUUUUAUAUGGUUUAUUGUAUCUGUACUUA